UAUAAAUUAAGGAACAUGCUAGUAACAACGAAAGCUGUUACCAACAGCUUUAGUUGGUAACUAUUUAAUACACGCAUAUAACGUGACAUUCUGUUCCAACCUUCUGCGGUCUGCGCCCCUACCUGGCAACCCCCAGAAAAAAAAAUUCCUAAACCCGCCCCUCUCAAAGAGAGAACGGAAUAAUGGCGAAAAGAUUAGGUAAGAGAAAAAUUGAUUCAGAAUGCAGGGCAUUUAAGCUGCAGUGGACAAACGAUUAUUUCUUUUUUCAAUGCAAAGAAAAGGCUGUCUGUCUCAUCUGUCAAGAAGCGGUGGCGGUAUUCAAAGAAUAUAAUCUGCGGCGACAUUACGAAUCCCGUCACAAAGACAAGUAUGAUAGCUUGCAAGGCCAAAUGCGAGCAGACAAACUCUCAAAGCUAAAAACUGGACUGUUAACUCAGCAGAAUGCAUUUGUACGCCAAGCUCAGCUGAACCAGUCAUCUGUUAGGGCCAGCUUUCGGGUUGCUCAACUGAUAGCAAGCAGCGGUAAACCUUUUACUGAUGGAGAGUUUGUCAAGAAAUGCAUGAACGCUGUCGUGGAGGAAGUGUGUCCCGAGAAGAAAGAUGCAUUUAAUGUUGUGAGUCUAUCAGCAAGUACAAUCACCAGACGCAUUGAAGAAAUCGGAGGUAAUAUACAUGCUCAGCUGCAGCAGAAGACGAAGGAAUUUGAAUUUUUUUCAUUAGCACUGGAUGAGAGCACGGACGUGCAGGACACCGUGCAGCUGCUCAUUUUUAUUCGUGGAGUUAGUGCAAACUUUGAGAUGUGUGAGGAGCUGGCAGCCCUCCAAAGUCUCAAAGGGACUACAACUGGGGAGGAUAUUUUCGGCAAAGUGUACCAAACCAUGGAAGAGUUGGACCUGGACUGGUCAAAGCUGGCUAGCAUCACAACUGACGGGGCUCCUAGUAUGGUGGGGAUGUCUCGGGGUCUAAUAGGACGCAUGAACCGGGAGAUGAAAGAACGAGGUCUCACCGCCCCGCUACAAAUCCACUGCCUAAUUCACCAGCAAGCACUGUGCUGCAAAGUGUUGACGUGGGAUUCUGUCAUGAAAGUUGUGGUAUCAUGCAUAAACUUUAUCAGAGCAAAAGGACUUAAACACAGGCAGUUCCAAGAAUUCCUGUCUGAACUGGAUUCUGCGCACGGAGAUGUGCUGUACUACACCGAGGUCCGAUGGCUGAGCCGGGGCAGAGUUUUGAGGCGUUUUUACGAGCUGCUACCUAAAAUUAACGCAUUUCUUAAUUCACAAAACAAAACGGUGCCAGAGCUGAUCGACCCAGAAUGGAAAUGGCACCUCGCAUUUUUAACAGACAUAACAGAAAUGCUGAACAGCUUUAACUUGCAGCUACAAGGCCAGGGGAAACUCAUUUGCGAAAUGUAUUCCCACAUAAAAGCAUUUGAGGUGAAACUAGAGCUGCUUUUGGGACAAGUGAAAAAGCACAGCUUCGUCCAUCUCCCUGCUACACAAAACUUCUCUGCAGAGAACCCAGCGGUCCCGUUUCCAGUUGAAAAGUGUGUGGAAGCACUGAAAAUGCUGAAGGCGGAGUUCAGUGUGCGAUUCCGUGAACUACAUGUUUAUGCAAAAGAAAUCCGUCUUUUCCAGAACCCCUUUGUUGCCGACAUUGAUGAAGCCCCGCCUUCUUAUCAGUUUGAGUUGGCCGAGUUACAGAACUGUGAUGUUCUGAAAGACGCGUUCAAGCCCAACAGUCUCAUUGACUUCUAUGCCGCCCUCCCAAACGACACGUACCCUAACAUCAGAAAACACGCAAUGAAGAUGUCCACACUUUUUGGCAGCACCUAUAUCUGCGAGCAAACCUUUUCACGCAUGAAACUGCUGAAAUCUCCAACAAGAUCAAGAUUGACAGAUGAACAUCUGCAUCAGUGUUUGAGACUGGCAGUGACUGGAAUGGAACCUGACAUUCAACUUCUCACCAGCCAGAUGCAGACCCAUAGUUCACACUGAUGAACAUACAAAGGUAAGCUCACUUUUCUGACUUGAAUUAGUCAUUCUGACUAUAAAAAAUAUAAUCAUAAUAAAAUCUACUGGGAUAAAAUCCAUCUCCACAACCAUACUGGUAGUGGUAUUGGUUGUGCUUUGUAGGUGCUGCAUCUCAGCCCACUUGCUUUGUGGUUUUCACAGGGAAGUUGAUGAGAGAGAGAGCUGCAAAUAGCGAUGUCUACAAGCCUGCUGGAACCUACAAAAGGAUUAUAAGGAAGGAACACAGGAACUUUGAGAGCCUGCUCAUAUGAGCCAUUUAAGUAAGAGAUUCUGCUCUGACAACUAAGCUGAACUUGGACCUGUUAUGAUUGUGCACAGCACAACAGAAAGUUUAUGUUAAAUGCACUUUUUUUCUGUGAAGAACCCAGAGAGGGUUAUUUGGUUA